AAUAAGCAUGGAGUAUCUUGAACUUCUUUUGCUUAUUUCUUUUGUGUUAGCAUGUAUUCAUCUUCUAUUCUCCAACUUAGCAAUGAAAACACUCAAAAAUAAACUUCCACCAGGGCCUAAGCCUUUUCCAAUCAUAGGAAACAUUUUAGAACUUGGUACCCACCCUCAUCUAUCACUUUCUAGGCUUUCUCAAAUUUAUGGACCAAUAAUGACUCUUAAGCUUGGUAACAUUACCACCAUAGUUAUUUCAUCUCCACAAUUAGCCAAAGAAGUGCUUCAUAAACAUGAUAAAACCUUCUGUGACAGGCAAACCCCGGAUACUCUUACGGCGAUGGAUCACCAUAAAGUUUCGGUGAUAUGGUUGCCAUUAAGAAAGAAGUGGAGGAAUCUUAGGAGAAUUUGCGCGGACAAUUUGUUCUCAAUUCAAAAGCUUGAUUCUACGCAAGUUCUUCGGCAAAAGAAAGUCCAAGAACUUUUGGAUUUUGUGAAAGAAAAAAGUGAAAAAGGCGAAUCUUUAGAUAUGAGUAAUGCGGCUUUUAUAACCGUACUUAAUUUCAUAUCAAACACUUUCUUCUCCAUAGAUUUGGCUCAUUACGAUUCCUUCAAGUCUCAAGAGUUCAAGGACAUCGUUUGGGGGAUUAUGGAAGAAAUUGGAAGGCCUAAUGUUGUGGACUUCUUUCCAAUGUUGAGGAUGCUUGAUCCACAAGGUACACGUGCAAGAAUGAAAAGGUAUUUCAAAAAGUUAAUUAACUUUUUUGAUGGGCUUGUAGAAGAAAGAGUGCAAAGGAGAGGUUUGGAAGGAGAAUCAAAUGGAAGAAAAGACUUGCUAGAUUCCAUGGUAGAUCUCAUGUUGGAAGAUAAUUCAGAAUUGAGCCGAUCUCAAGUGCUGCAUUUAUUAAUGGAUUUAUUUAAUGCUGGAAUAGACACAACAAGCAGUAUGAUAGAAUGGGCAAUGGCAGAACUUGUACGUAAUCCAAAAGAAUCAAAAAAAGUAAGAGAAGAGCUUCAUCAAGUUCUUGGAAAAGAACAACAAAUUGAAGAAUCACAUAUUUCAAAGCUUCCUUUUCUAAGAGCAGUUGUGAAAGAAACGUUUCGCUUGCACCCACCAGCUCCAUUACUACUACCACACAAGUCACCACAAGAGGACAUUGAACUAUGUGGUUUCAUGGUGCCUAAAAAUGCACAAGUUUGGGUCAAUGUAUGGGGCAUGGGAAGAGAUUCAAGUAUUUGGACAAACCCAAAUGAAUUCAUGCCUCAAAGAUUCUUGGAGAGUAAUAUUGAUUUUAGAGGCAAUGAUUUUGAAUUGAUUCCUUUUGGAGCUGGAAGAAGAAUUUGCCCUGGAUUGCCAUUAGCUUUUAGAAGUGUUCAUAUUGUGUUAGCUUCUCUUCUAUAUGGAUAUGAUUGGAAACUCCCAAAUGAAUUAGAGGCAAAGGAUAUUGAUAUGUCUGAAAAAUUUGGGAUUACCUUGCACAAAGCCCAACCUCUCCAAAUUAUUCCCAUAAAAUCAUAAUACUUAAGAAGAUUAGGGUUUGAUUAAGCUAAGUUAAUAAAUGUAAGAGUAAAAAUAAAAGUGUUUUCUCAAGAAACACAACUAGAAGUAGUGGUGGAAGAAUGGUAUGUAUUGAAGUGAAAAUAAAGUUACCUUUUGUUGUCUUGGAAUGUAAUAAUGUAAUUAUGUAUACACAUACUUUUACUCUAAUUAGAUGUUA